AUGACUGGUGAGGAGCAUGAUUUGUUUUGGAGGUUCACUAAAAUGAAGCCUCCGAUUUUCUAUGGUACUGAGUCAGAGGAAGCGUACGAGUUCAUCAUAGAUUGUCACGCGAGGCUCCAUAAGAUUGGGGUUGUGGACAAGUACGGUAUGGAAUUUGUGACCUUCCAGUUCUUAGGUGAUGCCAAGUUAUGGUGGAGGGCAUAUGUGAAGUGUAGGCCAGCUGGUUCACCUCCGUUAACUUGGGUUCAGUUCUAUUCAGUGUUCCUAGAUAAGUAUGUCCCGCAUACUCUGAGGGACAGAAAGAAAGAUGAGAUUGCUAAUAUUGAGGGAACUCAUCUGUUGCUGAAGUGUGAGGAGCAUGAGAAGCAUUUAAGGAUUGCUCUUAGGGUAUUGCGGGAGAAGCAGUUUUAUGCUAAAUUCUCCAAGUGUGAAUUUUGGUUGUCUUCUGUGUUCUUUUUGGGGCAUGUAAUUUUGAAGGAGGGUUUUAUGGUGGAUCCACAGAAAAUUCAGGAAAGGAAGGUAAUUGCUUAUGCUUCUCGGCAGUUGAAAGUGCAUAAGAAGAACUAUCCUACUCAUGACUUAGAAUUGACAGCGGUGGUGUUCGCGUUGAAAAUAUGGAGGCAAUACUUGUAUGGUGUCCACUGUGAGGUGCACACUGACCAUCGCAGCUUGCAGCAUGUGUUCACUCAGAAGGAUCUGAAAUCUAGGCAACGGAGAUGUCUGGAACUGCUAAAAGAUUAUGACAUCAACAUCUUGUAUCAUCCUGGUAAAGCAAAUGAAGUGGCUGACACGUUGAGGUUGUUGGCUUAUGUUCAGGCUCUAUCAUUAUUUCUGGAGCAGAUUAAGGCUAAGCAGUUUGAGGAUGCUAAGUUGUGUAAAAUUCAUUACAAGGUGUUGUGA